AUGAGUCAAGUUCGAGCAGUUUAUGAAUUUGAAGCGCAACCAAACUCUGGAGAAUUGUCCAUUUCAGUAAAUGAAAUUCUUACAGUUGUCAGAGAAGGUAUCCAAGGGGGAUGGCUAGAAGGUCGCAAUGCAAAAGGACAACAUGGGCUUUUCCCGGAAUCCUACGUUGUGAAAGUCAGUACUUCACCAAGUCUUCCAAAAGCCGUUGCUAUACAACAUCAAAAUACUCCAGCUUUUGCUGUUAACGAUCGUUGGGAUGCACCCCCUUCAUCUGCUCAAUAUCCACAGCUGAUCAUUCCGUCAAAUGAACAGCCAGUGCAUGAUGUAGUGGCACCUCCGACCUUUGUACCAGCUUCCCAUGACGAUGACGAUUUUGAUGACUGGACUGAUGAUGACGAAGAUUUAUCGGAAACUGUAUUAAAUACGGCUGAUAAUCAUGAAAUACAAAAUUACAUAUCCAGUAAUCGAACUACUAAAAAUGAUGCAUUGGUUAAGCAAGGAACAGUUAGAGUAAAGAAUAUAAAUCGAUUUUCCAAUUUUGUUAAGUCAGGCAUGGAGGAUUACAUUCUGCUUACUUCAAGACUCACAUCAAAAACGGAGGAGCACCAUGAAAUAAUUCUGACAGCAGACGGAGCGGAAUGGAUUCCAGUUGCUCAGCCUUAUUAUUGCAUCGUUGAUAAACCGAAGAAAGAAUCUAAACUCAAAGGCUUGAAAAGUUUCAUUGCAUAUAGCGUUAAAUCCUCCCUCAGCGGCAUACAGGUGUCACGCCGAUACAAACAUUUCGAUUGGCUUUAUGAGCGGAUGUCAGCUAAAUACAUUUUAAUACCACUUCCACCACUGCCGGAAAAACAAGUUGCUGGCCGCUAUGAAGAAGAUUUUAUUGAACAUCGAAAAAGUAUUCUACAAAUUUGGGUUAAUAAGGUAUGCAGGCAUCCUGUUCUCAGUAAAUCAGACGUGUGGAUACAUUUCGUAACGUGUACAGAUGAAAAAAAGUGGAAAAAUGGUAAAAGAAAAGCCGAAAAAGAUGAAUACGUUGGAGGAAAUUUUCUUUAUUCGAUUAGCGUUCCAAGUCAGCCACUCGAUAGCAGUGAUGUUGAACAGAAAGUGGAUACUUUUACUCGUUCGAUGCGGAGUUUCGAAGAAAGUGUUCACUUCAUGUAUAACCGAGUCAGCGAAACUCACAAAAGGCUUGCAGGACCAUACAAAACAAAUUGGCACAAAAUGGGAGAAGCGUGUACUGGUCUAUGUCGAUCAUUCGAUGUCAACCCAUCAUCAAAAAAUGAGAAAGUUACAAGUGCUUUGAAAGAAACAGCGAAAGCUCUACACUGGAUCGGUGAUGAACAUGAGAAAUUAGCUAAAAAAUCAUUAGAUCCUCUACUGGAUGCAUUAUAUUCCUACAAAGGCUUGCUUGCCUGCAUACCAGAUAUCGUUAAUGUUCACAGAUCAGCGAUAUCCAAACUGCGUGAAAAUGAAAAGCUUGCGAUAGAAGGUCGCGUUUCAAGUGUAGAUAUGGAAAAAGUGAAGGAGAAAGUUGAUUCUAUCAGUUACAUGAUGCUUGCUGAAAUAGCAUUUCAAAAUCGUGAACUCGGCGAAGAUUUCAAGAACAUGAUGGCGACCUAUUUGGAAACCCAGGGAGAAUUCUACAUGAAUAUUGGUAGUCAGCUAAAUAGUCUUGCUCAGAAGUUCAAAUAA